UUGGGGUUGGUCCUGCUUUGAGCAGGGGGUAGGACUAGACACCUCCUGAGGUCCCUUCCAACCCUGAUGUUCUAUGAAGGCGCAAGUGGUUCUGGCAGACAGCUGAGCAGGUCACUCUUGGGAAUGAGUCCCACUGCUGUCCCAGGGUCGGUGUCCCCCGACAGCACCACUGGGGAGAGCGUGUGGAAACCACGACUCACACGCCAGAGGCCAAGUGUCUGUUGAUGCUCUGCUAGAAUGGCUGAAAGGACUCUAAUUUUAGCUUGAGCACUAAAACCACGGAAUACCUAACCAGUUGGAAGAAAACGAAGGCAUGGGCAGACAGCCUGACCCUUGCAGAUUCUGGAGUAACCUACGCUCUUAUACCUGCCUGUUGCUGUUCCCUUCUAUGUGAUUCUAGGGCUGAGGCAGUGUAUUGAGGACCAGAGCAGGAACUCUCAAUUGCUGGUGCAGGGCAGCCUGAUGAAAUCUUCAAUAGGGAUUGCUGUUUGAUACACCCUUCAUGCAUCCAGCUAGCCUCUUGUUGCAUUGGUCUCUAACUGCAGGGCUGCCGGCUGCUCUCCCCAGCCUUUCUCUGGAGCUUACUGUUCUCUACAACUCCCUGCUCUUUGCUGUUAGUGAGUCGGAUGGCCUCGUCGAGGGAGAAGCAGAAAGAAUCAACCAUGGGCUCAUUAGGGUGCUGGAGGCUUGUGGGGUGUCUGGGCAGGAUCUCAGCACUGAGGAGCUCUGGCAGAAAGUGCUGCAGGAUGUGACCACGGAAGAGCUGUGUGCACCUCUGCAUCGACUAGGCGCUCUGCAGGGGGCGGUAUGGCUGGCAGCAAACUGCCUGGGGAGUGUCACUGGUCUCUUCCGGCUCCUGAGUGACACCAAGGACCCUCUGCCUGCUGCCCACGGGGGUGAGAAUGAGCUCCUUGUACUUCUCAAGGCAUGGAGUGUGCCUGUUGAGGGAGACACGUCGCCACUCGUGGUGCAGAGCACCAAGGACUUGAAAGAGAUACUGUGGACCUCGGCUGCCUUCCUCCAAGGUUUGCAGGGCCUGGAGGCGGGAAAUCUCCCCACAGCUCUCUCCCUGCUCCAGGCAGCCGCAUCUGGGUUCUGCUCCAAGAGGGUCCUGGCCCAGAUCUACACCUCCAUCGGCUGCUGCACUCAGCAAAUGGGCAAGCCUCAGACGGCUCUUCAGCACUUGAAGCGGGCGCUGCAGGUGGAUUUCCAGUGCCUCUCUGCCCUGUCCCAGGCGGCGCUGGUGUACCGCCAGCUGGGGGAGACGGACGCAGAGUUGGAGGCCCUGGCUCUGCUGUACAAGGCUCUGGAGACCCCCGCUCAGGAGGCUGUCUCCAUCGAUCCUUGCUUUCUAAUCCGAACGGAGCUCCUUGUUCACACCCCAGCCCUGGCAUCCCUGUUCAGCCGCAGCCACCCAUCGGAAGUGAAGUACCUUCUGGCGCAACGAUGCCUCCAGGCUGGCAGGGUGGCUGAGGCAGUGGAGCAUUACCUGGAUCUUCUGGCUCUGCUGCAGGAGGGGCCGCAGCACCAGGUGCCCCUGCACGGCAGGUCAGCUCUGCCCAGGAUCCCGGAGGUGUUCCUGGAAGCUGCAUCCGCCCUCGAGCAGCUUGGGAGGCACCAGGACGCCAUAGCUGUGUGUGAGGAGAUCAUCAGUCGAACAGAUGACCUGAUCCCAGAGACACUGCGGAUCGAAUUGGACUCCAGUGCUGGAGGGGAGGCGCCAGGCAGGGCAGGCUCCCCUUCGCUUGGCAUCCCACCCCAGCAGAGAGAGAGCCUGCGCUGCAUCGUGUGGAGGGCGGCUGCGUAUCUGCACCAGGGCUGGGCUUGGGCCAGGCUGGGGGAGAGCAAGGAAGCCAUAACACGGUUUACCAGGUGCCUUAAUGUCCUCCUGAGAGUCCAGCUCGUGAGCGCAGCCAGCAUCCAUAGCAGUGAGGAGAUGGCAGAGGCCCUGCCAGAGGCAAAGGUGCUCCAGAAGAUCAGGUUGCUGGCUCUCCUCGGACGAGGCUCCCAGUUCCAGGAGCUGGGUCGGGACAAAGAAGCUUUGAUGAAUUUCCAGCACAGUUUGCAAGUUUGUCCAGGUGACCCUGCUGCCACCUCUCACCUGCUGCGAGCUUUAUGGAAGCUGAACCGAAGGCAGGAAGCUGCUGCUCUCUGGCAGAAGUUGCAUGCGGAUGCUGCUCCGGCAGACGGACAGCAGGAAGCACCGGGGAGGUGUGUAAGGUGCUUGAUGGCUGUGGCUAUUACUAGGCCUAGGCACGAGCUCCAGAGCUGCCAGGUUGAGGCCCUACCCGUUGUACCUGGUGUCGUGUCUAAAGCAGGUGAGCCUCCCACACGACGAAUCUCUUGCUGGGAGUCUGCAGGACUAUCUGAGGACCAGUGGCCAGGAUCCUUAGAGCCAUCCCCAUCUCCCUCCUUCUGCUAAAAUUUCCUUCCCUGCCGAGGGCGACAGGACAGCAUUAUGCUCUGAUGGUUUUCCCAGGACUCCAGCUUGCCCUUGGGCAGAAGAACUCUUCCUAGCCAAAGCACUGAAGCACAAUGAAGCUAUUUUUUGUAAUAAAAAGGACAUGGGAGUAGGCCACACCCCAGUGUGUUCGGCUUAUGCACACUCUU